CCGCCUGGCUGCUCCGAGGCCCAUCCUGCGGCUGCGGCAGACGCUCUGCCCGCGCCUGGCUGCGACAUGGCAGAUCAGACCUUUGUGACACUGACCACAAACGAUGCGUAUGCCAAAGGAGCCCUGGUGCUGGGCUCGUCCCUGAAACAGCACAGGACCACCAGGAAGCUGGCCGUGCUCACCACCCCACAGAUCUCAGACUCCAUGAGGAGCGUUUUGGAGACCGUGUUCGAUGAGGUCCUCGCGGUUGAUGUCCUGGACAGUGGUGACUCCGCUCACCUGACCCUGAUGAAGAGGCCUGAGUUGAGGGUCACGUUGACGAAGCUGCACUGCUGGUCGCUCACGCAGUACUCCAAGUGUGUGUUCAUGGACGCGGACACAAUGGUCCUGGCAAACAUCGAUGAUCUCUUUGAGCGGGAAGAAUUCUCAGCAGCUCCAGACCCAGGGUGGCCUGACUGCUUCAACUCUGGAGUUGUGUUCCGGCCUUCAGUUGAAACGUACAACCAGCUAUUGCACAUGGCUUCAGAGAAAGGUAGCUUUGAUGGUGGGGACCAGGGUUUAUUGAACACAUUUUUUAGCAGCUGGGCCACCACGGAUAUAAGAAAACACCUGCCAUUUAUUUAUAACCUCAGCAGCAUUUCUAUAUACUCCUACCUCCCAGCCUUUAGAGUGUUCGGUGCAAAUGCCAAAAUUGUGCAUUUUCUGGGACUAAUCAAACCAUGGAAUUAUACUUAUGAUCCCAAAACACGAAGUGUCAGAAGUGAUGGCCAUGACCCUACCAUGAUUCACCCAGAGUUUCUUAACAUGUGGUGGGACAUCUUUACCACCAACAUUGUACCUCUGCUUCAGCAGUUUGGUCUUGUCAAAGACACCGUCUCAUACCUGAAUGUGGAGGAGGUCUCAGGAGCCGUCUCACACCUGUCCCUGGGGGAGCUCCCAGCUGUGGUACAGCCUUUCGUAUCCUCAGAAGAACGGAAGGAGCGGUGGGAACAGGGCCAGGCUGAUUACCUGGGCGCAGACUCCUUUGACAACAUCCAGAGGAAACUGGACACUUACCUCCAGUAGAAACACUGCCUUCCUGUGGACACACCACUUCGAAGGGAGCUCGUUUCCAAGACUUAGUAUCUAGAACUGGGUGGAGAAGGGAUGUAACAGUUGCUAGAGGCUUUCACUAAAACUCAUUAGUUGAGGGGUUUUUACUGGACAGCCCGUGAGAACUGGGCCAAAGUUGUGACAGCGGUUCUGUGACAUGGACAGUGUUCAGUUAACGUUUCAGAAGUUCUCGAUUAAUGUUGAUUACCAAUAUGCGUGGUAAAAGAAACUCAACAUGCUAUGAGGCUGGCCAUCUCAGUCUCUAAAAUAUGCAGA